AUGGAGAACCGUAGCCUUCGUAACUACUUCUUAAACCAGAGCAGUAACAACAGCACAGAAAUCCCAGCUUGGAUCAAAUAUCACUACACAUUAACCGCAUGGUUCGCCGCAACAAUUACCCUUGCUGGCGUUGGCGUGAUCCUCUUCAUUCUCUUACUGCUGGUCAUCAUCCGCGGACGUUUCUACCACACCGGCUGCGGUGCCCUGAUCCUCCAUCAAGUCCUCGUGGAAAUGAGCAUGGUGGUCAUUCACAUUCCCCUGAAUAUCCUCAAUAUCCACAGCGGUCACCGCGGUUUCUUUACACCGCGUGACUGUGCCGGUAUUCAUUUUACCUUCAUCACAACCAUGAUGGUUACCAAUUGGGCGCAGCUCGCCUUGGCUUUGAACCGCUUUGUGGCCACCUUGUACCCGCAUAAAUAUCAUCUGUGGGUAACGAAAAUGGCGCUGGCCGCGCAGGUGGCAAUUAUUUGGUGUGUGGGACUGCUGCUGACGGCGCCUCAGCUUUUUGGUGUGGAUGGCACGUAUGGUCUAGAUCAACCGUGGAAUAACUGCGCCUUCCUGAUGCGCAACGCAGGACCGUACACAAAAAUUGGUGGAACGAUGGGAGUGUACCUCCCGACGGCCCUCUUAAUGGCACUGUAUCUGACAAUUUUCAUUCGCUUGCAGUGCUUCUCGCGUCAAGUAGUGCAAAAUAAUCAGAACAUCCUGGGUUUAUUACACACUGCCAUAUAUGAGAAAAGUGUGACGGGACUUCAGCUCUGGCUGCGAACGGUAUAUCUAUGCGGAUACAUUAUGACACCGGUAUUUUUCUUCUCCUUGAACAAAGACUAUCAAAAUGGUCUGCUGGAGAUAACGCGCUCAACGCAUGCGUGA